AUGUUACCAAUCGCUGAACUCGAAGAUGGCGCCACCGCGCUCCUCGGUUCAAACGUGAGUCGCCACCGCCGCACCCGCGACCGCGUAGUUUCAGCCGAAGUCCGCGCCGUAAGACGUAGGCGGGGCUGGACUGUAGUCGGCUCUGAAACUAGUUGUGGCGCGGCCGAUAAGCGCAGAGCCCGGCGGCGGCGGCGGCAGCGGCAGUUACAGUCGAUUGGUAAGCGCGGCCAGACGCGCACAGCGGCCCGACGCCGCCCGCCGCCAGCUCUUAGUCUGUGCUCGCCACAGCCCGUCUCACUCACAGGUAAACAUAUACCAUACCCCAUACACAAAGCCCGAACCCACCUCUCCCCAGUGUACUCGAACAACUUAGUUAAAUAA